AUGAGUAAAUCAUUCUUUACUUUGAAUUUAACAGUCAUAAUCUUAUUGUAAUCAAUACAAAACUUAAAUGCUUAAAUAUGUUAAGCAUUUUCUAGGCAGCACCAGCCUAAAUUUUUUGAGAACUAUGUUAUUUCUGGUAGUUUGAAGUUGCCUAAAACUAAUAUACUUUUGAUAAACACUGUAUUCUAUUAAAACGGUGUAUAGUCUGAUAGUAUAGUAUAUUACAAUGAUAUUUCUAGUGAAAUUGAUAAUAUUGUGAAUGUGGUUAAGACUACCUACGUUAUAUUACAAUUGGAGUAUGUACAUGAAAGAAAUCAAAUUUUAAUUGUAAAUACAUAAUAGAUAAUAUAUGUAGAUCCUUAUACUCUUGAACCUAAAUAAACAAUACCAUUCAGUAAUUUAGAAAGCAUGCAUUUAAUGAAAGGAUCUAGUUAUUGUGUCUUAAAAGGUGCAACAUAUUUAUUAUAUGUUGUUGACUUUGUAGAAGGAAAAUUAAUUCUAUCUUUGAAUGUUUUACCUUUUAAUUCUGACUAUGCUAAUCAUAUUGCUUCUGCAAAGUUACUUUAGCUUUAAAAUGGUUAGAAUUUUAUAGCAGUAAUUGAUUAGUAUGGUGCUUACACUUGGUCAAUUGAUUUUAAAACUUUAGAAUUCUCAUUCAAUGGAUAUUAUUCGCUAGAUCGUUAUAAUUAUAGCUUAAUAGAUUUCCACUAGAGUUAUGAUAUUAUAUUUAUAGCAGGAGCUAAUCGUCAAAUCAGUGCUUUCUAGAUCAUUAAUUUAUAAGCGAAUUAGAUAAAAUUAAUCAAGACUGAUUAUCUACCAAAUGGUAAAUAAGGAGAUGAUAUAGUCAAUUUAAGCUUUACAAAUUCUUAAAAUAAUUAAGGCACUUUAUACAUAAGCAGCUAUGAUUUUUUUUAUAGAAUAAAUUUAAAUUUUGUCUAUAAUUAGAAUACAAAUACAUUUGAUUCUUUUAGCUUUGCUAAUAUCAAUCAACCUUUUACUGUUUAACUACCAGGAAGUCCAACUAAUGAAUGGUAUUAUUUAGAAGAAAAUCAAUAAUUUUUAAUGCCAUACUACACUGGAUUAUUUGGAUAAUCAGCUCUAUUUGUUUAUUCAUAUAGUACAGACACUUAGCUCACUCGUUUUAGUUUUACAAAAAUAUUUAGUUUCUAACUCAAUUAAGAAAUAUACUUUGUUGUUUCUACAUUAUUUGAAAUUUAAGUCACUAAAGAUUCUCCAAGUAACCUAAAAUCUAUCCUUACUUAUCCUCUUGUUUAGUCAAUCAAAGCAAGAUAAAAUACAUUUGUUUCUGUAAAAAACUGUAAUACUUGUUAUAUUGCUAUGCAUGAUGCUACAUACUUAGCAUUUUAUAAAGUAAUGGACUCAUCAUUCACUCCUUAAGUAUACGAUUUAAGUUAAAUAAAUCUUAAUACUGAUUCUAUAAGCUACAAUAUUGAUCCCUACUAAGAUAUUAAUCAAAAUAUUUGGGUUAUUGUAGGAAUACCUAAUAAAUAAAAUAAUGAAAAUUUCUUAUUUUAUGCUUUAAGUAUUACCUCUUAAUAAUAGUUUAAAUUGCUCUCUGAUAAAGUAGAGGAAAAUAAUCAAAAUACAAGUUAUGCUCUCUAUUCCUAAGAAGAUUAAGAAAUCGUUGGAAUAGCAGUUAAUGGAAGUAUUUUUGUUUGGAAUUCUAUAGACCUUACAUUCAAAUACUCAAUAGUGUCCAAUUUUUCUGGUUCAAUAAUUGGUUAAUUAUUUCAUGCUGAUGAUAAUAAAUUUCUAAUAAUGGUUUGUGGUGAUAACAAUUUAAUUAUCUAUAAUUUCUCUAAAAAAACAUUUUAACAAUUAAUGAAACUAUAGUCAAAUCCAUACUAUUUAAAUGUAUUUAAUAAAAUUAAUAUGUUUGGAGUUGGAGAUAAUAUGAGCGGAGAUGUUUAUUUAUGUAAUUUUAAUACAGUUACUUAAUAAUUUGAAUUAUUUAUACAUUUCCAGUCUCCUUCUAUAACAGAUGCUGGAAAUAAUAUUCAGUAUAUAGAAAAGACUUAGGUUUUAUUUAUUUAGUAUUACUAUAGUAAUACAUUUUUCCCUAUUGGAUAAUGUCUUUAAAAUUUGCCUAGUUGUACUUAGAAAUGCUAAAUGUAGUUUUAUUUUAAUACUUCUGAAACUGCUGAUACUAAAAGUCUAUAUGGGAUAGGUUCUUUAGAAUAGCCUUUUACAUCUUCUUUGAGUAUAAUUUCAUCUUUACUUUUAGUAAAUCUCUAGAUUAAAAUAAAUAUUUUACCAAAUAGCUCCUAAUAAAAGUGUGGGGUCUAUUUCGAUGGUAUUAUUUCAAGUGCUACUAUAGAUAACAUAAGUAUAUCUUCAACAGAUGGUACAUCUGAUUGCUUCUUUCUUUAAAUAAAUAAUUCUUUCUUGAUUAUUAAAAACAUAAACAUAAAAAAUUUAGAUUUUUCAAAUACAUCAACUUUAAUAACAAUCGUUAAUUCUUAAUAGAUUGCACUUUAAAAUAUUCUAAUAGAUAGCUGUAAUAUAAGUGAAAAAUUCAGUAUAUUAACCUAAGAAAGCGAUGUUAAUGUUAUUAUUGAUACUUUUAUAAUUUAAAAUAAUCUAUGCGAUAUAAAUUAAAUUUACUAUCCACAAUUCUCUGGUUAGCUAUUUGAAGCUGGUGAGUUCAAUGUAGCUAAUAUGACAAUAUCCAAUAAUCAGUUUUGUAAUUUAUAGAUAUUCUCAACUGUCAGCACAAUCUAACAAAAAAAUUAAACAUUUUAGUUCUAGAAUAUAACUAUGUACAAUAACUCAUUUUAUACAACACACAAUUAUCUCUUUUUUGAUGCUAUUUAUUCAAUAAAUUCUCUUCCAUAACACACUUUAAAUAUGAGUUAUUUAAAUUUUACUGACAAUUCAUACUUUCCCUCUUCUUAAGUUUAAUCAGAUAUCUACCUCGGAAUUACUUAAUUAGUUCUAACUGAAAAAAUUUUGUCAGUUUUUAUAACUGAAGUUACAGUAAAAAACCAAUAAGAAAUAGCAUUUUGUUCAUUAUCCUAAUCUUCUCUAGUCUCAAUUAGUAAUAUUUCUUGCUUAAAUGACAAAAAAUUUUUUGAUAGUUUAGUCAAUAGAGAGUAUGGUGGAUGUUUAAUUUUCAAUGAAAUAAAAAAGAUUAGCAUAACUAAUCUAUAAUCAAGCUAUAUAAAAGGAAUAAAUAAUUCUAUUUUGGCAAUAAUAAAUUAAGCUUACACAAAUUCAGUAAUAAAUUUAUCAAAAGUUGUUAUCACAAGUUCAUAUUUUGAAUAAAAUUAAACUAACUCCUAAGCUAAUCCAAUUUUAAUUACUUCCACUUAUUCUUCUAAUAUAACAAUUAGCAACUCAAUUUUUAGCUAAAAUAGAUUAAAUGCAACUCCUGAUACCUAAACUUAUUCAACUUCUUCAAUUCAGGUAAUUAAUCCAUUAGGUUCUAUAUAUUUAGAUAAUAACCAAUAUAUUAAUUCAGUAUCUAAUAGUAUCUUUAAUUUUCAAUAUAUAAUUGGUCUUAAUAUAACUAUGAUUAAUGCUAAUUGCAAGCAAUCUUCAUUUAAUAUCACAGAUAAUGUAACAACUUUAAUAUAAUAAGGAGGUUGUUUAAGGGCUAAAUCAAAAAAUUUGUAGAUUUUUUCUUCUAAUUUUAGCCAAUCCACAGCAAGCUAAGGCUCGUUUAUUUACUUAGAGAGUCUAAGUUCAGAAACAAAUAUUUAUAUAGAAAAAUCUUCAUUUGUAGAAGGUUAUGCUUAGAAUGAUGGUGGUGCAUUAUACAUAAAUUCGCAAAACUCAAAUUUAAAUUUUGUGUGUAAUUCAUCUACAUUUAGAGAUUUAAUCAAUAUUUUAGGCUAGACCAACUCAUAUUUUUUGAAUACCUAAAAUUCUAAUGUUACUCUUUUUAAUAUUCAUAAUAAUAACUUUAACUAAACUUAUCCUGAUUAUUUGAAUAAAAUAACAAAUCUAUCUGUCAUCUAAUCAGUGUCAUUUUUCUAACUUUAAAAAUCUAUGCUCUCAAUUAUUGAUUGUGGAUUUUAAAAUUUAAUAGUAAAAAAUUUACAAAAUACUUCCCCUCUUCUAAUUAAUGACUCUACGUUUUCCACAUACUUAAUUAGUGUCAAUUAAGGAUCUCUAACUAUUGAAGAUUCUUAAUUUAUAAAUAUAAAUUAGAUAUCCUCAAAACGAGUAUUACAAUCCUAGAAUCCUCUGAUAAAUUCAGGAGCACUUAUAUCAUUAUAUUAAUCUAAAUUAUAAAUAUAAUAAUAAACAAUAUUUUAGAAAAUAAUUUGCAUGCUAUGCUUUGGCUCUAUACUUUAGUUGAACUAAACACAAUUUUUUAUAUCUGACUCUAUGUUUUUAGAAUCAAAAGCCAAUAGCGGAGGUGCUAUAUCAGUUAAUGGUUUGGUUUCUAAUCUUAAUUAUAUACAAAAUACUCAAAUAAUUGGAAAUACUGCCAUAUCAGAUGGAGGAGCUAUGUUUUUAAAAGCCUAAAAUGAUGAUGUUUUUACUUUAACUUUGUCUAAUUGCUAAUUUACUGACAAUCAAUCUUUAAAUGGAAGUGGUGGGGCUUUAUUUAUUAGCUCAGAAAGUGAAUCAACAGUACAGUAAUAGAUCAAAAUUUAAAAAACAAAUCUAUCAAAUAACAAAGCAGUUAUCGGAGGAUGCAUUAAUAAUCUAGGUAUAAAUCCAGUUAUAGACUCUUAAAGCCUUAUAUUAAAUAACUAGGCCACUCUUUAUGGAGAUAAUAUCAAUUCAUAUCCUGAUCAUUUAGGUUUGAUCAUGACUACAGAUUUAAAUAAAUAUUUCAAUUAGUCAACUAAUUCUUUAAUUUUAUCAAAUUUUAAAAGUGGAGCAUAAAUUCCAGAUAUAAUCUUUUAGCUAAAAGAUUAAACAGCUUAACCAAUAUUUCCAUUAGAUGCUGAUAAAAUAAUGAUUUAAGCAUAAUUUAGCAUCAAAACAAAAAAUCUAUCAAAUUAUUACAUUAGAGGAAAUUCUACAGCAUUUGUUGAUUUAAAAUAAAAAUAAUUUGUUUUUUAAGGUAUGUAAUUAAUAGGGAUUCCAAAUUCAUAAGCAAUAAUUGAGUUCAAAUCUGAUGUUAUAAAAACUUUAAAUAAAUAAACUAAUUAAUUUGAGUCUAACUAUUCUUAUGAAUUAGAAGUUUAUUUUAGAAGUUGUAAUUAUGGUGAAAUUGAGAAUUUUUACAAUACAUAUACAGAAUGUGUUGUCUGUGAAUAAGAUAAAUACUCUCUCGAUACAUAAUAAUGUUAUUAAUGUCCUUCUGGAGCAAAAUGCAAAAAUGGAAUUAUAUAUGUAAAUUAAGGAUUCUGGAGAAAAGAUGAAAGUAGUCCUCUUGUUAUAGAAUGUGUAAAUAAGCCUUCAAACUGUAUUGGAAAUACUUAUGGUAAUUAAGCAUGCUUAGAAGGUUACAUAGGACCUCUAUGUGAAGAAUGUGAUAUUCAUGGAAGCUAUUGGGGAGAAAGCUAUUCUAAAGUUGGAUCUCAUCAAUGUGGGUAAUGUAAAGAAUUGAGUAAUUUAUUGUGGAAAGCAAUCUUAAUAGUAAUCUGGACAUUAUUUUCAAUUCGACUUGCCAUAAAAGGAGACUUAGAGGAAUAAACAAUAAAUGCUUUUGAAGUAGCUCUGAAAAGACACUUAUUAAAGAAUAAUCAAAUCACUUCCUUAAAAGAGACUAAAUAUUAAUCUAAAUUAAAUGUCAAAUAUGAUAACCAAAAAGAUAGAAAAUCUCAAAAUGGAGAAAAAGCUAGUGUUUAUAUUAAAGUAUUCAUAAACUAUUUACAAAUAAUAGGAUCAAUUAUUACUUUCAAUAUAAAAUUAACUACAGAUAUAUUUGAUACUUCAUAGUAUUUAGGAACACCUGUAAGAUAAUAAAUGAAUUCCGCUGAAUGUAUAUUAAAGGAUAUAUAAACAGAUAUACCAAUGAUAUAUCUUAAACUACUAUUUACUCUAAUGGUUCCAAUUGGCUAUUUAAUGGUGUUUGUACUUAGUUUAAUUUUAUAAAGGGUAUUUACAAAUAUACAAGUUCGUUAUUAUUCUAUUUGUACUGCUGCAAUCUUUAUAUUUAUUUUAGUUUAGCCUGAUUUAGUUUCUCAAAUGAUAGCUCUUCUAUCAUGCAGGGUAAUUGGAGAUUCUAGUUAUAUACUCUAUAAUAUAACUUAUGAAUGCAACACUAGCCAAUACUAGACCUAUAGUUCUACCUUAGUAGCUCCUUGCUUAUUAGUGUUUGCUUUUAUUAUACCUAUUGGACUUUUUUAUAUACUAUACAGAAAUAAAAAUGACUUGCAAAACAUUUAAGUAUAUAAGAAAUAUGGCUUUUUAUACAGAGAAUAUAAAAGCCAAAAAUAUUAUUGGGAAUCCGUGAAAAUUUUAGAAAAAAUGAUAAUCAUUAUAGUUCUUAAUUUCUAUUCCCAAGAUAUUAAUGUUAAAGGAGUGCUAAUUUUUAUAGUGGUUUCUCUCUAUGGGAUAGCAUCUAGUGUUUUAUAACCCUAUCGUUUGAGUGGGUACAAUACAGUUGAUUUCUAUCAAACAAACGUGUGUGCAGUUUCUGUAUUACUUUGUUUAUUCAUUAGCAAUAAUCCCUUCAGUUAUUACGUAAUGGUUUCUAUUAUACUUAUAAUCACAAUCAAUGCUUGGUUUAUUAUUUUGCUUGCUCAAAAGUUUCAAAAAUAAAAAUUAAAUCCGUAAUUGAAAGCUAAAAUAAAAAGAAUUUUUUAAGAAUUUUUAAAUCUUAGUGAAGAGCAAAAGUAUGAUCUUUUAUUAUCUGGCUUAAAGAUAUAAAUAGGUAAAAAUCAUAAAAGACUAUUUAAAGAUUAGUAGAUUAAUUAAACUAUUAAAUAAAAUAAACUAAAUGACUUAGCUACCCAAAAUCAACAAAAAUUAAACUCUGAAAGAGAUUACUUUUAUAAAGAUAAUAUAAGUAGCCCAAAUACUGUAUCUACACGCAUGAUAAACUAAUCACCUAUUUUUUUAUAAUUCGAAGAAUUAAAUUUAGUAAAGAAUUAGAAAGAUAUUUAAAAAGAUAAAGAUGAUAACACUAAUAAAUUAAUAAAACUAAAAAAAAAAUACUUAGCUAUUGAAAAUUAACACAAAUUAAACUCUGAAUACGAUUACAUUGAUAAAGAUAAUGAAAAUAACCCAAAUACUGUUUAUAGCAGCUAGAUAAACUAAUCUCCUCUUUUUAAAUAAUUUGAAGAUUUAAAUUUAGUAAGUAAAUAAAAAGAUAUUUAAAAAGAUAAAGAUGAUAACACUAAUAAAUUAAUAAAACUAAAAAAAAAAUACUUAGCUAUUGAAAAUUAACACAAAUUAAACUCUGAAUACGAUUACAUAGAUAAAGAUAAUGAAAAUAACCCAAAUACUGUAUAUAGCAGCUAGAUAAACUAAUCUCCUCUUUUUUAAUAAUUUGAAGAAUUAAAUAAAGCAAUCGAUUAGAAAGAGAGUUAAAAAGAUAAAGAGGAUAACUCUAAUGAAUAAAUAAAAUAAAAUUCUGUUAACCAGAUAAUAAGUUAAAUAUGA